AUGGCCACGGAUGCGGCUCAGGCGACGGGGGCGACCACCCCAGGCGCCGACAGCCUCGGCCCCGACCCCAACCAGGCGUUGGUGGCGCAGGCCGCCAGGAAACCAGCGCGGCCGAGGGGCAAACCGCAGCCCGAGAAGCCGAAACGCAGCCUGUUCUGCUUGGACCUCAAGAACCCACUUAGAAAGCUGUGCUACGAUAUUGUGGAGUGGAAGCCGUUCGAGUACAUGAUACUGACGACGAUCUUCGCGAAUUGCAUAGCCCUUGCUGUUUUCACGCCUUAUCCGUCCGGUGACACGAACAAUACUAAUCAAAUAUUGGAAAAAGUAGAAUGGGUUUUUAUGGUGAUAUUUACGGGGGAGUGUAUUAUGAAGAUAAUUGCAUACGGCUUCCUGUUCCAUCCCGGUGCAUACUUAAGGAACACUUGGAACAGUCUAGACUUUACGAUAGUUACAAUUGGUAUCGUGAGUAUGGUACUGCAGUAUAUUUCUAAGGACUCGUUCGACGUGAAAGCCCUCAGAGCGUUUAGGGUGUUGCGUCCACUCCGGCUGGUAUCCGGAGUUCCAAGUCUCCAGAUAGUUUUGAAUUCCAUCCUAAAAGCAAUGAUUCCAUUGUUCCACAUUGCCUUCUUAGUGCUCUUCGUGAUAAUCAUCUACGCAAUCAUCGGCUUAGAGCUAUUCGCUGGAGUACUUCACGACACCUGCUUCUAUAAUGACACGAAGGAAAUGGUGGAAGACCCGUCGGCCUGUAGCAGGGACCCUGACGUGGGCUUUCAAUGUGAGGAGGGCCAGAUCUGCACGGACUACUGGCAGGGGCCAAACUAUGGCAUCACAAAUUUUGAUAACAUCGGCUAUUCCAUGCUCACCGUUUUCCAGUGUAUCACCCUUGAAGGAUGGACUGAUAUCAUGUAUGCUAUAGCCGAUGUGAAGGGGAACUUAUGGGUGUGGAUUUACUUCGUGACCAUGGUCAUUUUUGGAAACUUCUUCGUUAUGAAUCUCAUUCUCGGUGUACUAUCAGGAGAGUUUUCAAAGGAGAGGGAAAAGGCGAAGAGCCGCGGCGACUUCCAGAAGUCCAGGGAGAGGCAACAGUUCGAAGAGGACCUUAAAGGCUAUCUCAACUGGAUAACUGUCGCCGAGGAGUUGGAUCUGGAGAACGAUCAAGGGCAGAAAGAUGAAGACAGGGAUUCGUCAGGAAAAAAGGAAAGAAAGAACGAGGGGUCACAAAAGAACGACAACACGAAUGGCGAGCAGACCCAGACAUCAACGUGUAAGAUUUACUGCAGGCGAUUCGAUAAGAUCAAUCGACGCAUGCGGAGGGCAUGCAGAAAGGCUGUGAAGUCACAGGCCUUUUACUGGGCGAUCAUUGUAUUGGUCUUCCUCAACACUUUGGUGCUGGCAUCUGAACACUACCACCAACCGCCAUGGCUAGACUAUUUCCAGAACUACGCGAACUAUCUGUUCGUGGUUCUAUUCACGAUGGAAAUGCUCGUCAAAAUGUACGCGUUGGGUUUUCAGGGUUAUUUCGUGUCGUUGUUCAAUCGCUUUGACUGCUUCGUUAUGGUGUGUUCGAUCGUCGAAUUGGCGCUCACAUUCACUGGAACAAUCCCACAGCUGGGCAUAUCCGUGUUGCGUUGUGUUCGUCUCCUCAGAGUGUUCAAAGUUACCAAGUACUGGCGGUCCCUAUCUAACCUUGUGGCUUCACUUCUCAACUCAAUUCAGUCCAUCUUCUCCCUUCUAUUGUUACUGUUCCUGUUCAUUAUGAUCUUUGCGCUCCUGGGAAUGCAAGUUUUUGGAGGAAGAUUCGACUACGACCCCGUUCAAGAGAAGGAGAGACACAAUUUCGAUUCGUUCUGGCAAGCUGUAUUAACUAUGUUUCAAAUUUUGACAGGCGAGGAUUGGAACGCUGUUAUGUAUCACGGGAUCAAUGCUUACGGUGGUUUUGGAACGCCCGGCAUGCUUGCUUCUAUUUACUUUAUCGUGAUUUUCAUCUGCGGUAAUUAUAUUUUAUUAAACGUGUUCUUGGCCAUUGCUGUCGACAAUUUGGGAGAUGCGGAAGAAAUGGAAGAAAUACAGAAAGAGAAAGACGAGGCUGAAAAUCCUGAGGCUGGUAACCCUCAGUUAGACGAAGAAAAAGCCGAGACCGAUGAUGAAUACGGUAAUGAAGAGGAAGGGUACUCCAGUGAGGGCCAAAAGUAUAAAAAAUACAGGAGAGUAGCAAGGUCAGAACAAGAGUAUGAAGAAACGGGCUCAGAAGAAGAGAUCGACGAGCAGGAGCCAGAAGAGAGAAAUAACGCUAAAGACGUUUUGGUCAGCAAUGAUUCCAAACAAAAUGGAGACGUGAAGAAAGAAGAGCCACCGCCGAUAAAACGGCAGGCCACGGUAUCGGCUAGACCGCGUCGCUUAUCUGAAGUGGAAAUUAAAACGCAGGAGAAACCAAUACCGGAAGGCAGUAGUUUCUUUAUAUUCUCCAAAACGAAUUGGUUCCGAGUGACAUGCUACAAAGUACAAAACAAUUCGUGGUUCAAGAAUUUGAUCCUAAUUUGUAUCUUGGCAUCAUCUAUAACCUUGGCCAUGGAGGAACCUGUGCCUAGUGGAAUUACAAAUGAGAUUCUUCGCAAGAUCGACUAUUUCUUCACCACCGUAUUCACAAUUGAGCUGAUACUCAAAUUGAUCACAUACGGUUUCAUCCUGCACAAAGAUGCAUUCUGCCGUUCCGCUUUUAAUCUCUUGGAUUUGCUGGUCGUAAUUGUCUCCCUUGUCUCGCUCACGGGAUCAAGCAACGUGUCCUUUAUAAAAAUCUUGCGGGUUUUCCGCGUGCUAAGGCCCCUGAGGGCGAUCAACAGAGCCAAAGGCUUGAAGCACGUAGUUCAGUGCGUGAUUGUCGCUAUUAAAACGAUCGGAAACAUUCUGUUGGUGACGAAUCUUCUGCAAUUCAUGUUCGCUGUAAUGGGGGUGCAAAUGUUCAAGGGAAAGUUUUUUAAAUGCAGCGAUAUCACCAAAGUCACCAAAGAGGAGUGCCAAGGAUCUUAUCUCGUUUAUGACAACCAAAAGCCGCAACUCAAAGACAGAUUGUGGCAGAAGAAUAAAUUCAACUUUGACGAUGUGCUUAACGGCAUGCUUACACUCUUCACUGUAUCCACUUUUGAAGGGUGGCCGGGAUUGUUAUCUACAUCGAUGGAUUCAAAUGCCGAGGACCACGGGCCCAUUGAAAAUUCAAGACCACUGGUGGCUUUCUUUUAUAUCAGCUACAUCAUUGUUAUAGCUUUCUUCAUGGUAAACAUAUUUGUCGGUUUCGUCAUAGUGACGUUUCAAAAGGAGGGCGAGCAGGAGUUCAAGGAUUGUGAGCUAGACAAGAACCAGAGGAACUGUAUUGAGUUCGCGUUAAAAGCGAAACCAGUUAGACGGUACAUACCUAAGCAUCGGAUCCAGUACAAAACGUGGUGGUUCGUUACGUCGCCACGUUUCGAAUAUGUCAUAUUCUUCUUCAUCGUACUUAACACCGUUGCUCUGAUGAUGAAAUUUCACAACGCCUCCCCGGAGUAUAAGAAGGUGUUGGACUUUUUGAAUAUGCUGCUGACAACGGUAUUUAUGUUGGAGUUCGUGUUCAAGCUAGCUGCCUUCAGAUUUAAAAACUAUUUUGGAGACGCGUGGAAUACUACAGACUUCAUACUGGUGGUCGGCAGCAUAAUAGAUAUCGUGGUAACGCAGGCCAACGAGAAUAACCCGAAACCGACGACUGGCAUUCCUACACCUCAAGGAAGUGAGGAGGGCACUCAGACGAUCAGUCUGAAGUACAUCACUUUCUUCCGUUUGUUCCGCGCCAUGCGUUUAAUAAAGCUGCUCUCUCGAGGCGAGCGCAUCCGGACGCUUCUGUGGACCUUCAUCAAGUCCUUCCAAGCGCUACCUUACGUAGCCCUCUUAAUUGUCCUGCUGUUCUUCAUCUACGCUGUAGUUGGCAUGCAGUUAUUCGGCAAGGUGGAGUUUUCGGAAACGAUUUCGAGGAAUAACAACUUCAGGACAUUUGGCAGUGCUCUUCUCGUCUUAUUUAGAUCAGCUACAGGUGAAGCAUGGCAAGACAUUAUGAUGUCUCUGUCGCCGUACGGAGCGGAGAUUCCUGGUGAACCGGUUCGAUGCAUUCCCACCAAUUCCACGGCCGAGGGGUCCGAAGAAGUCUGCGGCACGGCAUUAGCAUUCCCCUAUUUCAUAUCUUUUUCACUGCUCUGUACAUUUUUGAUCAUCAACUUGUUCGUCGCAGUAAUCAUGGACAACUUCGACUACUUGACAAGAGAUUGGUCAAUUCUUGGACCCCACCAUCUAGAUGAAUUCGUUCGGCUAUGGAGCGAAUAUGAUCCAGAUGCAAAAGGAAGAAUAAAACACUUGGACGUGGUGACAUUACUGAGAAAGAUCAGCCCACCUUUGGGUUUCGGCAAGCUGUGCCCACACCGAACGGCCUGCAAACGUCUGGUCUCGAUGAACAUGCCUCUCAACUCUGACGGCACAGUCAACUUUAACGCAACAUUGUUCGCCGUUGUGCGGACUCAGCUGCAAAUAAAAACAACAGGCGUCAUUGACGAGUGCAACACGGAGUUGAGGGCGAUCAUCAAGAAAAUCUGGAAGCGGACAUCACCAAAACUGCUGGACCAAGUAGUGCCUCCACCAGGGGAUCCCAACGAGAUCACAGUCGGGAAAUUCUACGCGACAUUCCUAAUACAGGAUUACUUUAGGAGGAACCAUGCGUUCCGUAAGCGGAAAGAGCAGGCUGCUGCGGCGCAGAACAACCAGAUGACUCUGCAGGCGGGUUUGAGGACCCUACACGAAGCUGGGCCCGAAUUGAAGAGGGCGAUAUCGGGAAAUUUGGACGAGAUCGUGUCAGAGGUCGUUGAACCCAUGCACAGGCGUAAUCAUACUCUGUUCGGAGCCGUGUGGACGACGAUCAAGAAACGUGGCAGGGAGAGCUUCUACAAGCCACCAACGCCCAGGCCUGAGAAGAAAUCGACUGGUGCAUCCAAGGGUCAGUCGCUUAGUGUGAUGAUGCAACGCGAGUUGGGCUUGGAUGGAAAAAUGCCUGAGGACGACUCAAAAUUCGAUGACGGUCACCAAAGUGAGGAGGAAAUAGCGAUGCAGCCCCUACUUCACGGCAAGGACUCCGAAAGAAUAUUCAGAGUCAUAGAAAAAACGUCGAACGAUUUAAUGCAGAAUAUGAGAAAAAGCCAUCGUGACAAGAGACCGAGACAGAACAACACCGUGCCUUAUUGUGUGGAGAAUCCAGCGGAGAGUCUUAUCGCUCGAGUGCUGGCGGAGCAGGGACUGGGCAAGUACUGCGAUAAGGACUUCAUCCAGAGCACCUCCCGCGAGAUGCAGGAGGCGCUCGACCUCACACAGGAGGAGAUGGACACCGCCGCAAACCAAAUAAUUCUACAAGAGCGUCAAAUGUACCGAGUACAGAACGGCCCUAGCGAUGUGGAGAGCAUCCUAUCCAGGCAGUAUCACCCGUUCCACCAGCCUCCGAUGCAGCCUCCUCCGAGAAAAAAA